UUAUAAGUGCCCUCUUCUGGAUGCCAGCUUUCAAAGCAGCUCGAGUCAUUCCCGCCAUGACGACGUCCAUUCCUGUAAACUCCUCCCCUCAAGUCCUUGAAAACGGCUAUCGAACUCCCAACAAUCCUAUCCUGAGGCUGGCGUUCAAAAUCUUGUGUGUUAUUGCGGUCUCUCGGGAGUCUCUCGACCAUUGGAAAAAUACAGGGAGCAAAGAAUGGAAGGACCAUGUCUCAAUAAUGGUCAAUCGAUUUGAGAACACAAAUAUCACUGCUGGGCUCGUACUCGCAACUACUACUCUAUUCCUGUCGUCUGUGCCUCCUAUCAAACAUUUGAUGGCUUAUAACUCCUCAAUCUCGUACAUCUUCGCCAUGGUUUCAUUUGGUGCUGCAUUGCUCAGCGUGAUAUCCGGAUCUGCUGUGCUUGUUAUCUAUGAAACUAGCACCGCUCACAAAGACAUGGACUCCCUCAAACGCAUGCAACGACACCAAGUCAUCGCGCUACCACUAUGGUUGGCAUACCCCUCAGUCUGUCUGUCAAUCGCUACUUGCUUUUUGUUUGUGUAUGAGUAACUAUCUUUAUCGCCUGCUUCUGGUCUGACAAUAGUGUUGUAAACGUCAUAACCAUCUUGGCUUGUUUGGCCUUCCUUUCAAACGGAGGCCUUACUCUCUACGUUUUCAGCGUUGUAGGCGAAAAGCGGGUCGAAGAUCAAAAAAACCUUGUCGACACAAGCAUCAUGCUAGUAUAGGUGCUGCAUGUCUUCGGCUCUGACAGGGAUGACUGGGCGUGAUAAUUGUUAUAGACCACUCAGGGUUUGGAUGCUUCGGGUUGUAGUACGUAUCGGUCCGUGGAGUGGCAGCAUCGCUUUCUUACCAUGUCUCCUUAGCCUAGUAUCCGAGUCCAUCUAUGUAUAG